AUGACAACAAAAUUAUCAGAUUUAUGCAAUGAAUGCGAUAAUUUACAAAAUAAUAAUAGAUUAAAAGAGGCAUUAAAAAUUAAACGUGCAAUACCAUCAACAAUCCAAUAUAUAUCAAAAUUUUAUUUUAAUAAUUCUUUAGUUCAACUUUUGAAAAAUGGAAAUCUUCAAAAUCUUUGGACUUGCAUAAUUACCAAUAAUGAUGAUUCAGCAAUGUGGGCCUCUUUAGCUCAAAUGGGAAUGAAUGGUACUUUUAGUGGUGAAAAGACAUUUACAGAAUUAACUGCUUUAAUGUUACAAAUUAAAAAAAAAGAAGGUGCAG